GCUCUCGGAUUGUCUGCUGCUCCGACACACCGGAAACCACCGGAACCGACCUGGACUCACCGGGACCGAGAGUCCGCGGCCUCCGGGGCCCUUAAGCAUUUCUGGGGGAGUUUUCUCUCUGAUCGCUGCUUCUCCUCCAGCAGGAGGCACGAAGCCUCCCGGGAGGAGCAGGAGGAACCGCGGAGCGAGGAGCCCAUGCGGACCGGAGUGACUUAUCAAUGAAGCAGGAGAUCAUGGCGGAGGGUCCCCGCUGCAAGAGGCGAAAACAGGCCAACCCCCGGAGGAAGAACGUGCUGAACUAUGAGAACGUGGUGGAGACGACCUCAGACACAGACGAUGACGACAGCUUUGGAGGAGCGGGAGGAGGAGCUGGAGCAGAAGAGGAGGAGGUCGGCAGCCCGGCGGGCGUGCCUGUUCUGGAGGCGUCGCCCCGGGUCGGCCACGCCCUGCUGUCGCACCGUGGCCAGGAGGGCACCGAGAGCGACGGGUUCCAGGACCCCCACAGCUGGAGACAUCUUGAUGGGAGGAAGGACGAGUACGAACCUCUGGGCCCAGACACGUCUCUGCACGCUGAAGAAAAUAGCGCAGUGAGACGCCUGGAAGGCAUCCCUGAGCUGGAUGAGUACUUCCUGAAACGGAAACUGGAGGAAGGUGAUGGUCACUCAGCAAGCAUCGCCGAGUACCUGCAGCGCAGCGACACCGCCAUCAUCUACCCAGAAGCCCCGGAGGAGGUGACGCGCCUGGGCACGCCUGAGGCCGCUGGACAGGAUGAAAGUGAGCACGACCUGGCGCCCGGCACGCCGGACGACUUCGCCCAGCUGCUCACGUGUCCAUACUGCGACCGCGGCUACAAGCGCCUGACGUCUCUGAAGGAGCACAUCAAGUAUCGUCACGAGAAGAAUGAGGAAAGCUUCCCCUGCCCGCUGUGCGCUGAAACCUUCAGCCACCGCGCUCAGCUGGAUCGUCACAUGACCACACACAAGCCGGUCAGAGACCAGCCGCCGCUGCUUACUGAAGGAGCUGGAAACCGAAAGUUCAAAUGCAGCGAGUGUGGAAAAGCCUUCAAGUACAAGCAUCACCUGAAGGAGCAUCUUCGUAUUCACAGCGGUGAGAAGCCGUAUGAAUGCUCCAACUGUAAGAAGCGCUUCUCCCACUCUGGAUCCUACAGUUCCCACAUCAGCAGCAAGAAAUGCAUCGGCCUGAUUGCCCUCAAUGGAAGAGUACGCAACGGAAAUGGUGGCAAACCUUGCUCCUCCCCCAACUCUACAACCUCAUCACCAGGAAGCCCUGCUCUGGCCCAGCUCCGCCACAAACUGGAAAAUGUGCGGCCGCUUGGGCAGCAAGAUCAGCAGGGUCAGCUGGACAUCAAAGCCGAGCCGAUGGACUUCAACGACUAUCGGCUAUUGAUGGCCUCGCAGCAUGCAUUUGGGGGACCGGGGGUCUACCUGAAUGGUCGUGGCGGAAGCCCCCUGGGUCUCCACAACUCCUCCCAGAGUCCCCUUCAACAUAUGGGAGGCAUUGGGCUAGACCUCCAAAUGCUGGGCUAUGCAGGAUCCCUUGGCAACAACCUGAACGAGGUGCAGAAAGUGCUUCAGAUUGUGGACAACACGGUGUACAGGCAAAAAAUGGAUGGCAACCCAGAGGACAAGCUCAGAUCCUACAUGAAGGAGCUGGGUGCCCAGAUGGAGGAGCCCAAGGCAACCCAGACUGGCUACCAGAUAACGGGCCAUGGCAGCCCCACCAAGAGCAUAAUUGACUAUACGCUGGAGAAGGUCAAUGAGGCCAAGAGUCUGAUUGAUGAGUCCAAGAGGCAAGAGGAUGUUAAGAAAGAUAAACCAAACCACUCAGUGGGUCUCAGUAGUGAAGAAAAAAAACAUGAAAACCAGAACCAGUUUCUGCCAUUCUCCUGCCAGUACUGCAAAGAGACCUUCCCCGGGCCCAUCCCACUGCACCAACACGAGCGCUAUCUGUGCAAAAUGAAUGAGGAAAUCAAAGCCGUCCUGCAGCCAGCAGACAGUAGUCCUACUGGCCGCCGGGGAGGGAUGUCCUCUGAGCUCUCCAGUAAUGAGCGAACCACCAGCCCUAUUAACCCUUUCAAGGACCAUGUGUCAUUGCUCAAGGCCUAUUUUGCUAUGAACACUGAGCCCAACUCAGAGGAACUGCUCAAGAUCUCAGUUGCUGCUGGCCUCCCUCAAGAGUUUGUCAAGGAGUGGUUUGCCCAGUGGAAGAGCCAAAACCACCACAGGAAAAGAUCACCUCCCCCUGACUGUAGUGGACCAGAAAUGAAUCACAGCUUGAACCGCUCUCCAACGUCACUUCUUGCCACAGAUUUACAUGGAGGCUUCACUAAUGGCGACGCCUCCCAAAGACUCACAAAGGCCAACCACUUUACAGCCAAUAGGCAGACAACAGGGGACAAACCACUAGAAUCAUUGGACCACUUGAGAAGCAACACUCCAUCACCCCUUAACCUUUCCUCUACUUCCUCCAAAAACUCUCAGAGUAGCUCUUACACUCCAAACAGCCUCAACUCGGAGGACGCCCAUGGGGACACACCACUGGAUCUGUCACUGCCCAAACAUAUGGCACAAAAGCUUGUCUCCGUGGGAGAGAAACGACCAAGACCCAAUGGUUUAAUCACUGAGCGCAACGGGGAGGUUUCAGGGCGAGAGCAGGGGUCUGGGCCCUUAGACCUGGUCAACAUUAAGAAGGAGGUCCUGGGUUCUGAUGGUGGAGGGAACUCUAUUCACCAGCUGGAGAAAAGCACCAGUCCCAUAUUUGGGAUUAAUCCCUUUGCUAGUGGACCUGUCUACACCUCCCUUCCACCUCACGGAGCAUUUCCUCCACCCACCUUCAUGACUUCUGCCCAGGCAACCAUCCCAGGCCUCAGGCCCUACCCGGGCCUUGACCCCAUGAGCUUCCUGCCUCAUAUGGCCUAUACCUACGCCACCGGGGCAGCCACAUUUGCAGAAAUGCAGCAGAGGAGAAAGUACCAGCGAAAACAAGGUUUCCAGGGGGAGCUGCUGGACGGGACGGCGGACUAUCUGUCAGGCCUGGAUGACCUGACAGACAGCGAUUCGCUGCUCUCCAGGAAGAAGAUUAAGAAGACUGAAAGUGGUAUGUACGCGUGUGACUUGUGCGACAAAACAUUCCAGAAGACCAGUUCCCUCCUAAGACACAAAUAUGAGCACACAGGUAAACGCCCACAUCAGUGUCAGAUAUGCAAGAAGGCCUUCAAACACAAGCACCACCUGAUCGAACACUCACGCCUGCACUCUGGAGAGAAACCCUACCAGUGCGACAAGUGCGGCAAGCGCUUCUCACACUCGGGCUCAUACUCGCAGCAUAUGAACCACCGCUACUCCUACUGCAAGAGGGAGGCCGAGGAGCGCGAGGCGGCCGAGAGGGAGGCCAGGGACAAGGGAGGCAGAGGUGAAGGAGGAGGCGUGGUGGUCGGAGGGCUGGAGCCCACCGAGCUGCUGAUGACGAGGGCCUACCUUCAGGGGCUGGGGCCCCUCGGAUACUCGGACCCUGAGGACCAGCAGGAGGAUGGCAGCGGUACAAUCCUGAGGGUCAGCAGUGAGGGAGGAGGUGGACGGGAAGAAAAGGAAGUGGACAGCAAGACAUAUGAGGAGGUGACAGACAGGCAGGAGGCAAGUUUUAGGAAAGAAGAGGAGGAGGGCGACAGCAGGAGCCAGAUGGACUUGAUGAGGGACAAAGAGGGUAAAGACUCGAUCCAGCUGAUGGACGAGAGUUCACGAGAAGGGAAAACAGACGGCAAAUCGGACCAGGAGGACUGAUGGGAAAAACAAAAGCUUUGGGAUCCUGGCUUGAUCCAGUGUCUGCUUCAUGAGAGGCUGAAAGGAAAGAUGAGGGGACAGUGUUCAUCUUCUCACACCAAAUUAGUGUUUACUUCAGACUUCCUGCUGAGAUUUUAGGGUCCUAAUGGGUCAAAGGUGUUUAUGGUCUGAUUCAGCACUUAAUUCAAGCCUCGUUCACAUUCAGCUGAAUGCCUGAAAAUAUAAAUGAUUCUUUGAUGGCUCCCACGUGGAGUUACUUCAGCAUUAUUAACAAAAGACAAAGAAAAACUUGUGGUCUCUUUUCAUCAGGUUUAGUCUGAUUAUUUUCUUCAAAAGUGUUUGUUGACAGUUUUCAGUUUUACUUUUUAAGUCCAGGCGUAACCUUGCUCAAUCCUCAGUGCUGCCAGAUAAAGACGUUCAACAGAAACUAGCUAAAACCUACUUUAAAACUUGCUAAAUGUCACAAGAUGAAGUCACAUCCUAUGAUUAGCUUAGCAAGAGUAUGUGUGUCCUGCUCACUGUGCUGAUACAUAAAGUUUCUAAUAGAGCAGAACAAAUGAAGAUGUUCUCAGUUUGUGUUGUCAAACAUCACAAAGAUCAGGAAACAGUUUCAGUAUGACUGCUGUAAACCUGCUGUAAGCUCUGCAGUGAUCUGCAUCAGCACAGCACUUCUUAAUAUACUCACAGAGUGCAAUCUGCGAGGACUUCAGGUUUCUGGACAUGAACUGAAGUCUUUCCAGGUUUAAAGUCUGAAACAUUCUGAAUUUGGAAGCUUGAGGCAGCAGAGCUGUGAGUCAUUCUUACACUUUCUUUGGUACUGCUCUGGUUUUCAUUCGUACCAAAACUACUCGGUAGCUUCAGGCAGGUUCAGGGUUGGCAGGGUGCUGCGUACCUUCAGGGGACGUUCAAAAUGAAAAAGAAAAAAAUGAAUUUCAAAGUCAUGUUGACCGUAAUGAAAAGGAGCGAUUCAGAGACAUUUUUAUGACUGUUUCAUGAUUUGCUGUGAGGCUGGGCUGAUGUAGUAACACUGCAGGUCCUUCAAAUGGAUCGAGCAGAUUCUCUGUUAUUUUUCAAGGAAUAGUUUAUAAAUUGAAAGGCGAAAAAAGUCCAUAUAACGGCUCGGGGGGGGGGUGUUAUCCGGGACACUCAUCUUCACCUUGUGUUUUUUUUACUACUCAAUGAGAGAUGUUUGGAUUCAAAUACGCCCAAACAGAAGCUUCUCCUUCAUUAUUUGCAGUUGGAUAUAAAGAGGUAUUUGUGAAGUGCUUCAGACAUAAUACAAGAGAAGAUAUGUUUUAGCAUCUCCAGCAUUUCCUGGAGACAUGACUAACAACCUUGGCAAUUCUGAGAAUGAAGGGCUCGGUCGAAUGAAGGGCUCGGUCGAAUGAAGGGCUCGGUCGAAUGAAGGGCUCGGUCGAAGGUGUAGUUCCCUGAACAAAUGAUUCGCUCCUUUGGGGGAUUUGAUGACGUAGCAUCAUAGAUAUGCAGCCAUUAAGGAUCCCUGUUUGACUUUGCUAGGUUAUCUUGUUUUUAAUCACCAGGACACCUGCACACACAUUCAGUAGAGACGCACAGUUUCAGACCAGUGGGAGGUUUUAUCUGCAUUAAAAUAAUGAUGUUAGUGACAUAAUUUUGCAUGAGGUGAAAAAUUUGAUGCCAAAUCGAUGUAAUUGCAGCCUGAACCUGAUGAUUCAAAGGUCAUGAGUGUUUCAUUCAUGAUCAUAGCAAAACAAACAGUACUUUCCAAAAACAAGGGAAAAAUAUGAAGUUUGGUUUGAUGAGUCAUAAUGGAGGGGGGGCACAGGAAGUCUGAAUAACACUGGGGAUGUAUUACUAUUAUUAUUAAUAUUGUUAUUAUCAGUGUUAAUGUUUAACUUUUAAAACAUUUCUACGCCCCGUAUAACCUUCGUCAGUCCUCGAGUAGAGACGCGACCCGAUGAGCGUCCCCGCCAUGAAGCCCGGUGGGAUUGUUUAAAAAUCCACAUUAUGCAAAAAAGUAAACAAAAGAAGAAGAAGAAGUAAUAAUGAUUAUCAUUAUAAUGACAUGAAGCUGUUUUUAAUGUACAGUAUUAUAAAGGCCUAAAAGCUGUGUGGUGCUAUAAUGUUCUUAACUUCUGGUGUCUCAUUGUGUUUGAACCCCAAUUCAGGAAAUUGCACUUGACUCCCUGAAUCACUACAAAAUAAAAGAGAAAAAGAGGGAAUACAGCCUCAAACACCUGGCCACUUCCUGUCAGUGUUAUUGUCGUAUUUUGUCUCCUUUUACUGUGAUUUUUUUUUUUAUCCGACUGUAUUAUUUUGCCAACUAACCACACGACUUUGGGCCUCCUGUUUUUGUUUUGUUUUUUGUUUGUUUUAUUUUUUAUGUGAAGGAGCAUUUAAACCUGUGUGAUUUUCAAAAUAAAAUGUGGAGUCUUAAAGUGCAGAGGAAAUGAAAAAGACAGGACAGAGCCUUUUGAGUGUGUUGAAUUUUUCUCCAGAGAAAGCCUUAUUAUAUGCAAACCUUUCACCUGUGCCAUCCCUGUACAGUGUCACCUACCUGUCCUCUGCUUCAGUAUUACAGUGAAUAUCUCACCUGCGUCAGUGUUAGCGUAGCGAGGCGGCAGUUUCUUAGUUUACAUAUGUUUGUGCAAUUUUCUCUGUAUUUCUGUUCACCACAGUAUUUCUGUCAGUAUUACUUUUGUUUUUGAGAAUUUACCAUUUUAUUUAUGUGACUCAUUUUAUAUUUCCUAAUUUUAUUUAUUUCAUACUGUAGUGUACAGUAUUAGAGUUCCUCACAAAUAGAUCUAUUUUAGUAAAAUGAUUGACUAUUGGAGCAACAACCUGAACAGGUGAUAUUUGGAGCUUUUUUUUUGUUGUUUUAUUUGAAACUACUGGAAAUUCUAAAUUCGGGGAACUUUUGAUAAGAAGCUUAUUGUGAAAACACUGUAUUUUUAAAAAAUCCACUUUAUUCAUCCCACUGAAGAGGUGACAGAGGACUGAUGAAGAUGAUGAAGGAAUUCCUGAAAUGUUUGAAGUAUUAUUAUUUUUAAUUUUUAAUUUCCAUGCUCGAAUAAAUGUAGCCAAAUUAAAUUUUAAUAAAGCUGUGUUAUUCUUCUUGUA